UGUUUCAUCCAGUUGCCCAAGAAACGAAACCGAAAGAAAAUAAAAAAUAAAAAAUAAAAAUCAAAGGCGGUGGCCCAAGAAAGGGCACGAUUGAUAUUAACUCAGCAUAGCCUAGGCUAGGGUUUUCAACUAUUAUUUUUCCCCAAAAAUAAUUUCACAGGCAGCAGAAGCAAAGCACCAGAUCAAUCGCUAAUUCUCUACUUAAGAUCUUCUGGAUUUUACUACUAAAAUGGCAUUCACUAUGUCAUUGCUUCUCUGAACAAAGGCGCAACUGAGAUCUACAGUAUUGUUAUAUUUGAAGACUUAGCUUUCAAUCUGUGUCAAGAGGUGUUAUUUGCAAGUAAAAAUGGAUACAAAGUUCGCAAAGGUAUUGGAUAGUCGCAGAUCUCUGAAUGAUAUGAAAAGGAAGAGGGCACUUCAAUGUAAGGCGAAUAAUACAAAAGCAGCCACUGGCACUAAUAUAGCACCACAACCUGUUUUUGAGUCUUCGCCCAACAAGAUAAACAAGACAACUAAGCGUAGAAAGCUGGAUAUAUCAAAAUCACAAUAUGGUUGGUGCAGUUCGCAAUCAAAAAGUUCUCUGCUGAGAUAUUAUUCAAAUUUCAAAAGGAGUGCUCCUCCGGCACGCUUGAUGUGUUACCAGAAAGGUGAAUGGACCAAUCUUCCUCAAGAUGCUGUGACUUCAGUUAGAAAGGACUUCCAAAUGAAGAAAGCAGUCUUGGAGGUAGAGCUUAGCGGAAAAUUAUUUCUAAUGGACUUCCUGCACAUGAUGAAACUGGAUUUAGAGACCGGCACACAGCAGCCCAUUGCCUGGAUCGAUGAAGAGAAUACUUGCUUUUUUCCAGAAAUAUUCUUAAACCAAGAAAAGAUUAAUGAGUGUUAUGGUGAAAAUGAUCAAGUUUGUGGACAUAUAGUCCCGGAAUCUCAUGGGUCCAAUGAUUUGAAGCUUCAGCUUGAGAUUGACAUUAGUGGAUUAGAUUACUUGAAGAUGAAGGAAUCUACUGGUGAAUCAGAUGAUAUAGUGAGGCAAGUUAAAGUUGUUAAAAAGCCCGCGAUAGAUGCAGAAGCUGACAACAGUUGCAUCAGAGUUUCUAAUGAUGAGGCUUGCGAGGCUUUUGGUGAAAAUCAGCAAGGUGAUAACGUGGUUCGGCAUGAUCGUGGAAGUAUUGAUUCCAAUACUGUUCGGGAAAUGAUUCUCAAGGCUUUUAGCUUAUUCAAGGUAGACAAACUUGAGGUAUCUUGUGGUUCAGGUAUGACAAUGCAGGCUCGCUCAGAACUUUUUCAGAAGCAGGUUGAGAUCACAGAAAAGUAUCAUGGAGAUGCAAAUGUUAAAUAUGCCUGGCUUCCUAUUUCUAAAGGUGAAUUUUCCAAUGUCAUGACUUAUGGGCUUGGGGAGUGUGAAAUGUCGAAAAUGAAGUCUGCAUAUGGCUCUGGUAUUCUCCUUUUACCUUUACAUUGCGCUCGGAGCAGUGCGAGUUACUGUGAUGUUGACGAAAAUGGGGUUCGAUAUGUUAUUUUAUGUCGUGUUAUAAUGGGAAACGUCGAGGCUAUCUAUCCUGGAUCGAAACAGGCGCAUCCCAGUUGUGAGAGUUAUGAUAGUGGGGUUGACGACCUUAAUGAUCCUAGGCACUAUGUAGUGUGGGGUACAAAGAAGAAUACUCAUGUUUACCCACUGUAUGCUGUUAGUUUUAAGAUUUCCUCUGAAGCUGGAGGCCGAAUGGGUGGUAAUGGGAACAAGCUUAAUAUCUCAGGAGUCACUACUUGUCAAGGACCUGAUGCUCAACUGCAAUCAAAUUCUGGCUCUCCUGAUAUGGUUUCAGUUCCAAAAGCUCAAGUAGCCGCUGAAAAUAUUGGUUCACACUCACCAAAGUCUCCUAAAUCUCCUUGGAUGCCUUUCCCAAUGUUGUUUGCAGCUAUUUCUAAUAAAGUUCCCUCUAGCAAAAUGAACCUUGUCAGUAACAAUUAUGAGUUAUUCAGGAAUCAAAAGAUAAGCCGGGAUGAUUUUGUGCGAAGGCUGAGGGCUAUCGUCGGAGAUGCACUGCUGAGGUCAGCAAUAUUAAAUCUGCAAAAUGAGGGACAGGAUCGUUGUGUGGAUGCUGUAGGCCGCUCCAGAUCAGCUCACUAGGACAAUUGCAGCUUGUUUAUCAGGGAAGGGUACUUUGAUACUUUGUUGCUGUUGUCCUAAAAAUGUGUCGACAUGAUAAUGUGAAUAUUUAGAUCUGGUUGAAGAGCUUUUGCUGUCUGGUUUUCGCUAUGUUUAUGUUAUCUCAACCUUUUAGACACUCACCUUGGAACUUUGUUGGAUGGUAGGCUUAAUGACUUGUCAUGGUUUCUGUUUUAGUAUUGGAUUCUGUUUCGUCUUAUUAUAUUUGUAUGUGGUGGAGCCUUAUUACCA